CCUAAUUGUUGUGAUAAACUUAUUAAAUAGGAGAAAUGCCAUUAACGUGCCUGGCUUGCCGAACUGUUUUCUCAAACAAUGAAAUGCAAAGGGAUCAUUAUCACACAGAAUGGCAUCGCUAUAACUUGAAAAGAAAGGUAGUUGAACUCGCACCGGUCAGUCGCGAGGAGUUCGAAUUGAAGCGUGUAACCGCAGAACUACAAAGCAAUAAAGCAUCUUCUGGCGGAAGGGGUGCCAAGUCAACAGUCCCAACUGCAGAAUAUGAUCCGGAAAAACAGCAGCUCAGAUGCACAGUUUGUCAGAAAAAUUUCCAGUCAACCCAGGCUCUGAAUAAUCACUUGCAGAGCAAAAAACAUAUUGAGAGUGCUAAACGUUAUGAGGCAGCUCGUCAAACAAGUAGAAGUGAAUCAAGAAAAUCGAGCGAGUCUUUCGACAUAUCUCGCCAAUUGGCGGCAGAAAUUAACACAUCCUCAGAUUGCAUUCAGCUAGUAUCCAAACCUGAGAAAUCUCCCCAGGAGCAGAUUGAGUCCAAAGAAGAAGCGAAUGUUCCGAUGGAGGACGACGACGCUGACGAGGAUUGGGAGUGGGAGGGUGAAGAUGAAGACUGGGAGGGUGAAGAUGAAGACUGGGAGGUAAUGGACGAUGAUGAUUCGGAGGAAUCGCAAGUGAGGUUGAAGAUGAUGACCUCGUUUGACCCCAGUGUAUGCGUGUUCUGUCUCGACAGAAAAAAGCAUGAAAGUAUGGAAGAGUGUCUGAGACACAUGGAAGAGAAUCAUAGUUUCUUCGUGCCGUACCCCAACUUGGUGGCAGAUUUGGGCCAGCUACUUUGUUACCUGCAUUACAAAGUGGAGGUGCUACUUCAGUGUGUGUUAUGUUCGCGGAGAAGCCGAAGGUUCGGGGAGGGAGGGGCUGUAAGGAGACAUAUGAGUGACAAGGGCCACACCCGCAUGGCACAUGACAGUCCGGAACACUUCCUCGAAUACGUCACUUUCUACAAUGAGCCAGAAGAUGUGGAGGGAGAGGAGGGGGUGAUGGGAGAUGACCCUCUGGGGACUAAGUUGGAGCAACUGCUGGCCAGUGCUUUGGAGGACGACUUCAGUCUCGUGUUGCCAUCCGGCGCAGUCAUCGGACACCGUGCACUGUUGAGGUACUACAAACAGAAGCCAAGGGCUCCAACGGAGAGAGUUGAUUCGAGAAAAGGAAUUGAAGACAGUAGCAGGAGGUACAUUGGCUUCAGGUCCAACCCACAGGCGCUCCAUAAUUCCAUGGUUCUGUCCAAAAAUGUGCCCUCGAUUCGAGAACUGAAGGUGUUGCAGAGGUUCAAGAACAGACAAAGGGAAAGACUGCAGACGAAACAGAACGACAUGAAGACCCAUAGUCGAGACCAGAACUUCUGGAGUAUGCGCUACUAGACAGCAGAAGGCAGAGACAGACAGCUGCUCUAACACUGAGAUAAACUCAUUGAAUUUUUAUUUGGAUCUAGUCAACAAUCCAGUCCUAAACCCCCCCCCCCCCCCCAUCCCCCCUCUCUCACACACGCGAACUCAGCGAAUAUCCAGUCAUAAAUGGAAUGAAUCAAAUGUUUAAGCGUAUUGAGCAUAUUUGAAAGUAGUGAUAAUAUGUCCCCGUUGCCAUUGGAAAGAAUUGGUUGGCUAGAUCCUCUUAUGUUGUAUGAAUGGCUCUACUCGAAUACAGACCAAAGUAUAAUUGACUCUUCAGAUUUUCUUAGGAUUUUGGUUUAGUCUUCAACAUGAUAAUACAAUUUUUUUCAUA